AAUCAAUGUAGCACCGAAGCUGCUCAAUAUGUCUUCCUUCAUUUUGAACAAUGUGCUCUAAUCUCAAAACCAUAUUUUUCACAGCCGAACGCGAUGAGUCUGCCGGAAUAUCCAGAACAUGGCGCCAAACACUGUCUUUGGGAUCUGGCACAGAUGCAGAUUUUCUACGGUAGACGUUGUUUUUCAGGAAACCUCAUGAAAACCAAAAGUUACAGCGCCACCUAUCGACAAUUUUUUUUACAAUUUUUGUAUUAAAAAAUGUCACGCGCAUGAUUUCAAUUAUCUGUAGUCCAAGUUUUGUCUUAUUUCCAGCAGUAGAAGAGCUCCAGAGCUCUCUAAAGUGAAAUUGCUAACCCGGUAUUUAGAAUCACGUAGAAUUUCAGAUUAAAUUUAACAUGAAAAAUAAAAAUUAUGAUUUCUAAACUUACGUAUACAAUUAAUAUGCGUGUAAUACGAUAUUGUCUUUCAUAUAAUAAAAAUUAAUUAUUUUAUUAUGUAUUUUUAUAGAUAUCGAAUAUGUUUAUUGGAAUUGCAUAUCGCUAUCUUUCAAAACUAUUUCGUAAACACGGAAUAAAUGUCUCAAGACACGCGUCAUGGUACAUAGUCGUGCCUAUCUUCACGACAUUGCUAUCAGCCACAGGAUUUCAAAAGUUCUCUCAAGAUCUAAGCGACGACUCCAUAAUUCCAACCGGAGGGAUUAUCGACAAGCACAAGUCGCAUUUGACGCAAUUAUUUCCCAUAGAUCUCGCGUCAAACUUCGACCCCGCAAGAUUAUUGCACGUCGUUCGUUACGGAACCGUUAUUGUCGAAGCCACGGACGGAAACUCGAUUCUACGAGAGUUCGUCUUUCGUGAAAUUGUCACCUUGGAUCGAGAAAUUCGAAAUUUCUUUGUUGGAGAAGACGACGGAUGGAACUACAAAGACAUCUGUGCUAGAAAUAAUGGAAAGUGUUACGAAAAUAAAAUCCUUCUUAUAGACAAUAAACUGAAAGCGUUGCAAAACGGAACAUUUCGAUUAAAAUAUCCAAUUGGCGACACGAGCAGAAAUUACGACGUUUUAACUUUGGGUGGCGUGGAAAUGAACAAAGAAGGAUAUAUAAUAUCUACCAAGGCUGUUAAAUUGUUCUAUUUUCUAGACGAUUCGAAUAAAUGGGCGGAAGAAAAAGCAAUAAUAUGGGAAAAUCGAUUCGUAGACAUCUUGAAUAGACUGAACUUUUCUUAUAUUAAAACGAGUAAAGAUGUGUUUCUUUCUAGGGAUGAAUCGAAAGCGCAAGUUUUUCUCGCUACUCUAAAAUAUGUUCCGAGUUCUGCAUUCUUGAUGGUUACUUUUACCGUUGUUACUUGUUUAUGGCCAGACUUUCUCCGAAGUAAACCUUGGACCGGGAUCAUGUCGUCGAUAGCCACGGGAAUGAGUGUGAUUUCUGGAUACGGCGUUCUGCUCUAUGUGGGUUAUAGAAUAUCUCCUGUGACAUAUAUGAUUCCGUUUCUUAUUUUAGGUAUUGGUAUGGACGAUACAUUUGUUAUGUUAUCAGCCUGGAUGAAAACCGACCCGAAGAAAUCUGUGGAAGAUAGAAUGGCCGAAACAUUCACCGAGUCGGGUGUUUCUAUCACAAUCACUUCUCUGACUAACGUUGCAUCGUUUUUAGUAGGAAUAUUCAUUGCCACUAUCCCGAUGUAUAAGGAACUUUGCGUGUUCAUGUCAACGUGUUUGCUCUUCGACUACAUUUAUCAAGUCACCUUUGUUGCAGCGAUUUUGGUUCUCUGUGGAAGAGCGGAAGAACGUCAAUUGCAUUCCUUGGUAUUUAUAAAAUUUCCAGAAAAUAAAAACUUUUUUCAACGUAUAUUCUGUUUUGUGCGUUCAGAAGAUCCGAUGACAAAGAAACAAAAUGAAACUUUUGGAUUUACUAAACUUUUGAAGAGUUUAAACCAGCUGAUGCGAAACAAGAUCUCAGCGAUCAUCAUCUUAUUUGCAUAUUUUACUUACUUGGGAAUUUCAAUUUGGGGGUUAAGAAAAUUUACUUACGGACGAGAAUUAGAAGAUAAUUUAAUUCGAGGUACUUAUCGAUAUAAUUAUUACAAAACAAAUGAAAAGUAUUACAAUCAAUACAAGUACAGGUUACAGCUGUUCAUCACGCAGGAACUCGAUUAUUCAAAUCGCACAAUACAACAAAAUAUUGAAAAUAUGCUACACACUCUCGAAUCGGAUCCUCUGAUUGCUGGAUCAUUGACCGAAUCCUGGCUAAGAAGUUAUUUAAAAUUUUUUGAAGACAACAGAAUUAACUUGUUCCUAACCGGAUAUAACAUUACAAAUUCGGAAGAUUUUCUUUUCGUUCUGCAUAAAUUAUUUCUUCGAAUUCCAGAAGCGAAAAGAUUCAGACAAGACAUCGUUUUCGAUUCUUCCUCCACCAGAAUUAUUUCCACUCGUUUCUUUCUUCAAACGAACGUUACAAGCAACGGGAGUUAUUUCUACAAUCAGUUUAAAGACUUUCAAGAAAAGUUGAAUUCUUUCCCAUUCACCACUGUUGUGUAUCAUCCGUUGUUUUACUAUUUCGACGCUAUCGACGCCAUACCUACGACAGCAAUUCAGACUUUAAGCAUUGUGUCGAUCACCGUUUCUAUUAUAUCUGCCGCGUUGUUACCAAAUGUCAUUUGCAUCAUUUGCGUAUUAUUCAACAUAAUAUCUGUAGGAGCGGGGGUAAUGGGUUUCAUGUUUCUUUUUAAUCUCACACUUAAUCUGAUGUCCUUGUCUGUUCUCAUUAUCGUUAUUGGAUAUUCGGUCGAUUACGCGGCUCACGUUUCCUGCGCGUACAUAUCUGCGAAAGAAAGUAGUCCCGACAAACGUUUGGAGAAUGCAAUAAGCUUGACGGCGAUUCCCAUCAUACAAGGAAGCGUCACUACCAUUCUUGCCAUUGUAACGGUGUUGAANACUGUUGUGUAUCAUCCGUUGUUUUACUAUUUCGACGCUAUCGACGCCAUACCUACGACAGCAAUUCAGACUUUAAGCAUUGUGUCGAUCACCGUUUCUAUUAUAUCUGCCGCGUUGUUACCAAAUGUCAUUUGCAUCAUUUGCGUAUUAUUCAACAUAAUAUCUGUAGGAGCGGGGGUAAUGGGUUUCAUGUUUCUUUUUAAUCUCACACUUAAUCUGAUGUCCUUGUCUGUUCUCAUUAUCGUUAUUGGAUAUUCGGUCGAUUACGCGGCUCACGUUUCCUGCGCGUACAUAUCUGCGAAAGAAAGUAGUCCCGACAAACGUUUGGAGAAUGCAAUAAGCUUGACGGCGAUUCCCAUCAUACAAGGAAGCGUCACUACCAUUCUUGCCAUUGUAACGGUGUUGAACGUUUCGGAAAAAGAAACAUUGUUAGCCAUAAAAGUGAUUGUUUUAGCCUGUGUAAUCGCCGGAAUUCACGGACUUACAUUUGUUCCAAUAAUUAUUUCGAUGAUCGACAGAAUUUUUCAGAAAUGUGUUUAUUUUAAAUCCAAGUGUCAAAGUUCGAACUCAUUCAGCCCUAAUCGUUAA